AUGGGGAAAACUUUUGCUGUUGUAUGUGCAAGUAAUCAAAAUCGAAGUAUGGAGGCCCAUCAUGUUCUCUCCAAAUGUGGGUUCCAAGUAAGUUCUUAUGGUACGGGAUCUGCAGUUCGCCUUCCAGGACCUAGUAUUGAGAGACCAAACAUAUAUCCUUUUGGAACACCUUACGAUUUAAUGUAUCAAGAUUUAUACAAUAAAGACCCUAAGUUGUAUGAGGCGUUUAAGGAAUACGUU